GCCGCUCCUGAAAGGACCGCGGCGGGUCUCUGGACUUCUCGCGCGACCUGCCGCGGCCGAACGCGGGCGGUUUGAACGGCUGCAGCGCGCGGGCGCGCCCCUCUCUCCUGCCGGUUCCUACGGGCCCCAGCCUCCCGCGAGCAGUAGUGUAAUAUGGCCUCUUCAGAUUUGGAAGAUUUAUGCUCUCACAUCAACAUGAAGAUUUCAACUAUCAAAAAGACUCUUCAGUUAAGAAACAUGGGUCAGGAGCCAUCCUUGAAAUCUGUGCUCUGUAAAAUAGGGCAUGAGAUGUUUCUCCUCAGUGGUCUCCUGAAUAAAAUGGAAAUAGAAGUUGAGCAUCAAGAAAAACUAAAGAAUUCACUCAAGGAAAUGCAGGAGUCUAUUGAGAGGGACUAUAAUGAAGCACAGCACCUCCGUGAAAAUAUUCCUCCCCAUCUGCCCAAAGCAAUCCCAAAGUGCACUGUGGGACUAACUGUGAAGUCGGAAGAACAAAGUAAAGUUGCAGAACCUGAAUGUGUAAAGAAACCUGCGAAAGAGCCAAAAUUUAUUAAAGAAGCCCCUUUAAUAACGGCACAGGAAUUUGAAGGUGUUCCUGCGUACAUGCGGGGUCGUUUAACAUAUGAUCAAAUUAAUGGAGUUGUUCAAGAUUUGAAUAAAGCAGUGGUCAGCAAGUAUAAGAUCUUACAUCAGCCAAUGAAAUCUAUGAGCUCUGCUGUCAGAAAUCUCUACCACAGAUUCCUGGAAGAAGAAACCAAGGAUACUAAAGUGACGUUAUUGGCCAUCUGGGAGGAUUUGAGGACUGGCACUGGCCCUAAGGUGAAUUUUUUAUCGUGGAGGCUGAUAUAAAAGACUUCACACAACUGAAGGUGGAUAAACGCUUUCACACCAUUCUUAACAUCCUCCGGCAUUGCCAGAGAGUGCGGGAAGUCCGUGGUGCACGACUCGUCCGUUACGUUAUCUGCUAAUAUGGUUUUGGACUUGAUUUUGCCCAGGUUGAAGGGCAUAAAUACUUGUUUGCCUUCAGAAAGUCAGAAGACACUAUACAUAGAAAUUCCCUACUCAGCUAAUUUACUUUCUAAAUGACAGAAAUGAUGAACAAAUAUCUAACUCAUUGAUCAGGCAUCCACAUUGAAUUACAAGUCUGCUUUCAUGUGCAUUCAUUCUCCAGGAUUAGAAACAUCUGAAGGUCCUGAAAUGUUUAAAGUUGUUUUGAUUUGAAUUGUUGAGUUAGGCUGUCGUUUGAUUCUGGUGUCUAGUACUGGCCUUUACUCCCAUUUAUAAAUAACCAAUCCAAUGUAGAAAUGAAUGUAAUCGACACCCCGGUGGUUGCAGUGGUUUCAUGAGGUUGUCAGGUAAAGAUGUCUUAGCCACCCUACAAGUGAUGGCCUGAAAAGCUGCAUUCUCAGCAGUGUAAUACUGCUUUUGUGUUUAUAAAAUGGAGAUUGUCUUUAACAAUGGGUAAUUGUUUGGGGAUAUGCAUUUCAUUUUGUUAAUGCAUCAAACUGAUUUUCACUCUUCCACUUUGUAUAAUCUUUUUCUUCUAAUCCUAAAAUUGUAGUUGGGGUUUCCAAAAUGAGCCAGGCAUGCAGUUCUGAGGUGGAUAAAUGCUUCCAAAUGUGAUAAUGAUGGUUCUAUAAUCUACUGGUUUUUCACAUUUCAUCAGUCAGAUAUCUUCAGUCCAACCCAUUUAAUCAAAACAAAUACUAGAACCAUGAUAAUAUAACUGAAUUUUUUGCUUCCAUUUUGAAAAUAUUUAACACUGACAGCUUUUAUUCUAGAACAUUGCUUACCCACUAGCUUCCAUGUAACCAAUCUUAGAAUAGAUUUGUUUUUGCAAUAAAUUCCAAUGUUGCAGGCAGUUAAAGAUGUUUGUUUGAAAAAGUUUUGACAAAGGUUAUUUUCCUUCCUUGAGCCUGCACCUGUUGUUAUACUAACCAAGUAGUCUAAAAUAGCUUUUUUUGUAUGUUGCCAGUAAUAAUGAGAUAGUUCGAAGAGCAGAAGACCCUGACUGAACCUUUAACUAUUGAAAGGUCAAUAAAGAAGGCUGGGUAAGCGCUCAGUAGGGCUGGAUUUGUUUUAGUCUGGGCUGGAUUUGUUCACCACUGGUUCAGCUGCACCUGCUGUUGCUAACGAUGUCAUUUUUCUUGUCUAGACCAGAUCUGUUGGUCUCACAAAGAAAGUCUUUUGAGGGGAGGGGGAGGAGAUCUAAUGGAGACAGUAUACAAAAUAAAGUUGCAUUAUCUUUGCCUA